CGAUCAGUGUGUAGACUCACUGCCCGCCAUAUUAACGACUUCUUCACAAGGUUCACUAGCUUGCUUUGCUUGCACUACAUGCCCCAACUUCGUCUACUUCGUCGCUUCGUCGGCUCUGGCGUGUUUAUAACGUGAAGUUGUUUGACACAUAUGUAAACGCGGUGUGUUGCCUUGAUAUUACGGUGUGUUUGAGUGCUGUUGAUGAUUUUGGCUCGAUUGCGAGUCGUGAACGCGUGAACAUCGGCGCGGGUUGUGCUUGUGCUACCCGCGAACUAGGCGCUUUCUUGGCUACGAAGAAUGCGCAGCAGGGCGCGUGCCGCGGCCAACGAGUUUCCGGAGGCUCCGAUAAUCGGCACCGCCAAAAUCGAAAAUCUUUAACUGAAAAUGGCACUGUCUUAAUAAUGCCAUCAUGUCUAGAGGCUAUGGGAAAUACCGACGGGGGAAUUAUCACAAUGCAAGUUUCCAGUUUGAUAAUCUCUUCAAGGAGAAUAGUAACAAGCCAUCAGCUGCUAGGUCUACAGGCACUGUUGGCAAGUGGGGAAUUACUUCAUUUACUUCCAUAAGAGCAAAGAAUGGAUUAGCACAAGAAAAUGAUAAAUCUAAUGGUAACAUAGUACCUGAACCUGCAGCUGUACCAAAACCGAAAAAGUUCUUCAAAAGCCGUAAUUCCGACAGUGAGUCGAGCAAUGCUUCAGGCCCGACUGCCACGACCACAAAAGGCAGUUAUAAGGAUACCUAUGCACCUUCCACGCCUUCCGCAAAACGGCAGAAGGUGGAUCGCGCGCCGGCAAAACGAAGAAAUGCGCCGAAAGCCGUCCCUCACAAAAGGCGCGCCGCUGCUGCUGCUGCUGCUACCACAGCAGCUUGCCUUGAUAAGGACUCAAAGCAAAAGAUAGUCCUGCGAAUAGUACAUGGUAAGUCUGAGAUUGUAAACGAAUCAGACCAAUCUGAGAGUACUGUGACGCCCUCAUCCACGCCUUCGACAUCUACGCUGACUUCGCCUCGAGCGCAGAGGUCACCAAGCCAUGCGAGGGUGACACGCAGCACGAGACGAAGUUUACAGCAGGAUCAUCCAAGUAGUAGUCCGGCCACUGCCGACACCGCAAACGAGAGUUUUUCAUUGUUUACUUCACCCAAGAAAGACGCUGAUCUUUCACCACAGUAUAUUCCAGCCGAGAAAUACGAAAUGGAGCGUAAGGCAAUGUAUGCUAAUUUAUUAGGCACCACUAGGGACCAAGGUGAAGGCGAAGAUGAUGACGGUGAAGAUCAUGAUAAAAAUAUCGACGCCGAAAUUGAUCUUGACGACUCAAAUCGAAUGCAAGUAGAUGAUCAAGAUCCAGACACAGAGGAACAGCCAGUGAUUGAAAAAGAAGAACCUGAUGAUAAAGAAGAAAGAUUAAAGUCGCCUGAACCUGAACCUGAUGAUAUAACUUCUGUUCCUGAAGAGGUUGAAGUUGGUGACAAGCCUAAAGUUGCAUCGGAAGCGCCAAUAAUUAAAAUUCAACAGACGAUUAUAAUACCCGCGCCAUCAAAGCCUGAUCCUCCACCACGUGUAGAGGACGAAUGGUCCAGCGAGGCGGAAGAUGAACCAAUGCCGCAACCGGAAGUCGAGCAAGAACCCGAAUCAGAGCCGUAUAACGAACAAGCGGAGAUUGAAAAGGCAAUGCGCGAGGAGGUUCCAGUGAAGUCGACCAUUGAGGAACACAAGGAAGAGAUUUUAGAUAAAAUUUUGGAGCCCACAUCACUCAAGGUUGUUAUUUCGAAGAAAAAGGGAAGCAUUUUUAAAUCUCGAGCGAUUACUUAUGACGGACCGAAGAAAACUCGCGCGGUGUAUAGGCACAAAUGGAGCGGGGAACUUGAACCUACUCCAAAACCUUCGGAUACUGUUAGUAGCACUUCAGUGACUACCGUCGAUGAUGAGUUUGGUUUCAACGACGAUCCAUUGGUCAAAGUGCCAAGAAAUGAUGACGGCGAGGGUGAAACAGCGAAUAAAGUGAAAUGUACUCGAAAUGAUAAAGGAUUUUAUACGGUUGUAAGAAAUGUGAAGAAAGCACAUCAGAUGCAAGAAAUCGGCGAGUUUCAAGAGUUUAACGACGAUGUUGAAUACAUUCUGGAUGCGUUACAAGAUAACAAUCCAAUAAGCACACGUUGCCUGUCCGCCAUUACGCUGGCGACGAAAUGCAUGGCGCCUGCGUUCCGUAUGCACGUCCGUGCACACGGUACAGUAGCGAAAUUCUUCAAAGCCCUGCACGAUGCCACGCGUGAUCAGAGUCUCGGUUUAUGUACAGCCACCGUAAUGUUUGUACUCAGUCAGGACAGGCUGAACAUGGACCUCGACCGCGAUUGUUUGGAGCUGAUGCUCAAUCUACUCGAAUCGGAUGUCAACUAUCAACAGGCGUUGGACAUCUGCGGACUUAGCAGUUCGCAGUUGGAGAAAAACAAACAAAAGGUGCGCGAACUCUGCGCGGAGAUUCAAAGCCAAGGUCACGCCAUGCAUUUGAAUCUUGACAAUAUUACUGUUGGUCAAUUAGCAAUGGAGACUCUGCUUAGUUUAACGUCGAAGCGAGCCGGGGAAUGGUUCAAGGAGGAGUUGCGUGAGCUAGGCGGUUUGGAGCAUAUUAUGAAGACGAUUUGUGAAUGCUGCAGGCAGGUGUCUGACUAUGUUGUGUCUUGGACGGACACACUACUUGACAAGUUGCGGAAAAUUGAUCGAUGCCUGCGCGUUCUGGAGAACGUAACGCAUAACAACGAAGAGAAUCAGCUGUACCUGCUCAACUACGAUAAUGGAAUUCUGCUCGACACGCUGGUGAAACUUUAUCGACUGUGUGAUUCCGAAUUGCCACUGUAUCCAGUUGCGGAUAUUGCUGAUAAAGAAACUGCUGGUGCUGUCAUCAGAGAGGCGUUGUUGGUGACUCUGAAGGUUUUAAUUAAUUUGACGCAUCGUUUUAAUAAACAAUCAACUGGUAGUACAUUAAUCGGUGCCCGACCUGGAAUAAUCGACUCCAGUUUACAUCUUCUACUCCAAGUACCUCAAUACAUCCCUGAACAGAAGAAGUUUGAGCUGGGCGUGCUGGUUCUGAUGUUGUUGAUCAAUCUAAUACAGGAUAACGAGGCGAAUAAGCGUUUGCUUAUAGGUGCAAAGGCGCCUGCAGAAGGUGAAAGUGUUUUUACAUGCGAGAAGUUUGCUGUUGAGGCACUUGUUAAGCAGUUCCACCAAUGGGAGGAAUGCGCUCGAGUUGCUGAGAAGCGCACGGAUGCCAUUUUGGAUGGAGAAAAGGACGAGACUAGCACACAACCGAAGACUAAUGAGGAGUUUAUUGAGGAAACUGUUGCGAAAUUGUUGCAGAAGGCUGGCACGCACAUGGAAUUCACAUUCCUUGCGUCAUAUCUUGUCCUGCUUGUCGGUUAUCUCAUCAUGGACAACGCUGAGUAUGAGACUACCGUACGCGGUUUUCUCAAGGACAAAAAGUUUGAGCUCAUGGUUGAACUUUUGAAGAAAUUCUUCAGUUUUAUGAAUUUGACUUCCUCUACGGAGGCAUCAAGCGUAUGCGCGAUGAAAGCGACAGAGAAGGUGAUCAAGUAUUUAGAAGACUGUGACAAGAGUCCGGAGGAGAAGGCGAGCUCGUCCGACCAGCGGUGGGAGUCGUCGUCGAUGGAUCUCAGCUUUUCGUUGACGCACCACUGACAUGCCGGCCGCCAGUCCGAGCAACUAGAUCAAGCAAACACUUGUACAUAUCUAGUGUAGGUUCGUUUUAAGUAUAUUUGACAUCAUCAGACAAAUUCAACACAACCAAAACGAAAUCAAAUCAAAUGAGAUAUUCACACCCCACACAAAACACUUUAAUUUUGUUUUAAGGAUCUGUAUAAAGUAUUUGAUAAGGUAAGGUAAGAAUUCCGUUUUAUGGAUAACGCGCGUUGAUUAAGGGUUCGGUUCAUACCACAAAGUGAAACAAAACAAAAAAAAACAACCAUGGUUUUUCUGUCUGCGCAUCCGUUUUUUUUACAAAAUAAUCUGGUCAGAAUCGAAUACUAACCAGAAUCAGAACAUUUGUUAUGACAUAAAUAUUUAUAUGAUUAUUACAUUAUAAAGUUUAAAAUUAUACAUUGUGGCAUUAAACAACA